CCGCCGGCCGCCUUCCCUUCUCCCGCCGCCGCCGAGGAAGGGGCUGCUGCAAUGGCCAUCCCCCGGAGCAGGGAGCGGAUCCUCUGCCUUUUCGAUGUGGAUGGGACCCUCACCCCACCUCGCCAGAAAAUCGAGCUAGAAGUAGCUGAGUUUCUGGAAGAGCUGUGCAAGAGAGUGAUGAUCGGCGUGGUGGGGGGCUCCGACUACUCCAAGAUCGCUGAGCAGCUAGGAGAAGAGGAUGAAGUCAUCAACAAGUUUGAUUACGUCUUUGCUGAAAAUGGCACCGUGCAGUACAAGAAUGGACAACUAAUCUCCAAGCAGGCUAUCCAGAACCAUCUUGGGGAGGAACUUCUGCAGGAACUGAUAAACUUCUGUCUCAACUACAUAGCCCUAUUAAAGUUGCCCAAGAAACGAGGGACCUUCAUAGAAUUCCGCAAUGGAAUGUUGAACAUCUCUCCCAUUGGACGAAGCUGCACCAUGGAGGAACGAAUAGAGUUUUCAGAGCUGGACAAGAAAGAGAGGAUCCGAGAGAAGUUCGUAGCUGCCCUGCAGAGAGAGUUUGCUGGCAAGGGCCUGCGAUUUUCCCGAGGUGGCAUGAUUAGCUUUGACGUCUUCCCAGAGGGCUGGGAUAAGCGCUAUUGCCUUGAUAUCCUUGGCGAUGAAAGAUUUGAUAUCAUACAUUUCUUUGGGAACGAGACAACUCCAGGUGGGAAUGAUUAUGAAAUCUAUGAUGAUCCCCGGACAGUAGGACACAGCGUUCAGUCUCCUCAUGAAACAGUCCAGAGGUGCCGGGAGCUCUUCUUUCCGGAGACAGUGAACGAAUCUUGACUCUCAGGCUUUUUACUGCUCUUCUUCAUCACUCCAAGGAGACCUUCACUCACCUCAUGAAAGCACCUUUUGGAUCCUUUCAGGGCUCUGCUGAGGCCAAAGGUCAAAAUGCACUUUGAAAAGAGAGUGGCGUUGUCCAAGGAUGGUUGUCUGAGUCACCAGUAGCAGCACCUUUUAGUACCUGGGACUUUCAAAAUCAGGAUUUCUGUGCCCACUCCACCCCCCAAAAAACAGGGUAUAGUUUUGUUCUUAAAGGGAAACACACCUUACUCUCUCUAAGGCCUUUUGGGGAAGACAAUCGUCAGGGUCUCCCUCCCCGCCACAUUAAUACAAGCAAAUGUAUUUCUGAGAUUAAGCUGUAUAAAGAUUCAAUUAUUUUUUUAGAAGAAGCAGUCCUUGAGUUUUCAAAGUUCAGGACUUGUCACAUAUUUUCAUAUUGUGAAUAGUCAAGAGGGCCAGCAAAUGGUUUUAAAACCGGAUUUAAACAAAUAAUUAUUUUAAAGGAGUAAUGCAUAUGAGAAACGAGGGCAUGACUUUUAAAAGUAAAUAGUGGCUCUGAUCUAGCUCUAGUCAUAAUUAAGAUGCUAUUUAUGCAUGACCAGUUGUGCCAGAAUGUGGAUGUGAUGUGCAAUUACACAUCCCGGCAAAAGCAACAGGUCCUAGUCAAAGGCAACCUUCCUAGGAUGCAGAUGUGAAUUAUGCUUGUAGUUCUUGAUCUAGCAAGUGAUGCAUUUACAGAAAUCUGCUUCUCCACAUGGAUCUCUGUAGCUGGACUAAAAUGAAUGGAGAAGGCUGCUGUUUUCUUAAGCAAAUCAGAAAUUUUAGCUACUUUAACUGAAUCAAGUUUCAACUACACCAGUUAGAUGGUCUAUAAACAGCUUUCGGGAUGUAACAGAUUUAGGCUGUAACAGAAAUGAAUAGGAAAUAUAAGAACAUUGUAAAAAAGACAUUAUUUCAAUGACGUUCAUUGGGCAGCACAGUUAAAUAGGUGUUGGCAUUAAAAGUAGUUCAGGGAUAGAGCUAUUUGUGGACCAAUUUCUAGACAUGCUAGCAUAUUAAUGGCUCCAGUUGAAUUAAAUAGGACUAAUUUAUAGGUGAAUGUUUACAGUUCCAACCUCUCAUGCUUGCUUCAGCACUAAAUGAUUAACCUGGGUUUUGGUAAUGCAGUUUGCUUCCAGCCUUGUAUAUUAAAUUGAAUAUUAAAUUGAUUAACUGAAGUAUAAUUAGAUGUUUCUAAGUAACUUAAAUUCAGUGGAUAUAGCUAAUUGUCAUAAACAAUGUGGUUUAGAAGAAUCUCAUUGUAAACAAAGUGAGGGCAUCCAGAUACCCUGGAUACUAUUAAUGUAGACAAAACUUAGCUUUUUAAUGUAAAGUCACCCACUGCCACUAUUCCACACCCAUCCAAGUUUUCUUUACUAAUUAUAAAGAAAUGAAAAAAUGACUAUUCUACCACAGCAAGGUGAUUUUAGAGAGAAAUUAUGAUAAGAAUUAUAGUUAAGUGCAGAGGCUGCAUUCUCUGUAUUAUUGCCUCUCCUUAGAUCAGGAGUCCCCAACAUGGUCCCAUGGGCAUCAUGGCACCCACCAAGUGUUUUUAGAAAGUCUAUGGGGCCAAAUGGGGCUUUUGCCUAGCAGGGCUUCUGCCUGGAGGUUUGAUUAGCUGUGCAGAUUUUUUAAAGUUUCUUCUACUGCAGCUGUCACCACAGCACAAGAAUUUUCACUGUUUGAAGGCAAGCUGAGGUAGCCGUUGUAUGGCAGGCUCCACUUCCUGUGGCAGCCAUUUUGUGGCUGUGCCCACCAUGCUGUGUCAGAAUUCCAAGGGAGCCUGCAGGAUUAAAAAGGUUGGGGACUGCUGCUUUCACUGUCCAGGUAGGAUUAUACACAUUCCAUACACUACGCUGCAAACGUUGUCAUCCUUGAUAUUUAGCUUUCUAGAAAAUCUAGCUCCUAGUCCUUACGUCUGCAUACUGUUUUUAAAAAUGGUAGUCAAACCUUCACACAGUUAAAUUAUAUGUUUGGGGCUCUAAUUCCCUUUGUACCACACUGUCUUUCCCCUGGUCUGUAUUAUCUCCUUCAUGUUUGCUACUAGUUUCCUAUCACAUCAUUCUCCCAUCCAAAAAUAUCCUACAUUUUUAAAACAAGACCAUCUCCUACAAUUCAGACAAAUUAUACAUUUAUGAUCGGUGUUCUGCACAAGGUUUGAUGCUUGACUUGCAAUGUGGUAUAGGCUAACACCUUCUUAGGCAAACAAUUCAUUCUUAGCAAUAUAUUUCUGCUGUUUCCUGUCUUUUUGAAGCAGGUGCUGCUGUAUUUUCCAUUCUUUGAGAGCACUUUAUAGUCCUCAACAUAGAAACUGGGAAUUUAGGCAUGGUUAUAGGCUUCAAACUACAGUUCUCAAAGUUACACAGUUCUGAUAUUAGUGAUCAGUGACCGCCAUCACAAGAACCUACUACAUUAUUUGCCAGUCACCAUUCCAACAUAUGAAACUUACAACAUUAACCAUCUGCCCAUCAGCCACCCAUGCAGGCUUGAGAACUUUGGAAUUAAAAGCAAAGGGCCGCUGUAUCAUCUUCCCAAAGCUUCAGAUAGUGUACUGGUACUGAACCCCUCAUCUGUUUUAUCGUAAAAUACGAUGUUGUCAAAGAGAUUCAUAAUCAACACAUGCCUCCUAGGGCUGCAUACAGAGUACAAAGAAGCAUGUAGUGCUGUGAACACACUUAAAACUCUUCUUUUUAAAGUCGCUUUUGCUGCUUCCUGUUCCCUGUCCCCCUCUCAGGCACUUGGGCUGACAGACACUUUCAUUCCCAGCUGCAGAAAGAAGCCACUAAGAGCUUUUGUCUGCUAGUUACCCAUCCUCGUGUCCCCUCCGACUGGGACUGAACACAUCCUGCACACAAAUGCAGCAGCCAGUCUUAAGAAACCAGCUGAACACCUCAUUCCCCAAAGAAAUGGGUGAGGGGGACAGCAGGAGCCCAGGGCUGCAGGCUGUGUCAGCAGUAGAUUUGUCUUGAUGCUACAGCCAGGCAUAAGUUAUAAAUUGCACUGUGAAAAACAUUUUAGUGGGCUUUCUGUUGCACCAAGCAUGUGCUCGUGCUGUUAUAUGAGAACUUUAGGGAGAAAAGCAACAGCUAUGCAGGGCUUUCCUUUAAUAUACCAAAGCUGCCCUUUGCCAUUAUCCUCCAAUAUGGAGAACACUUUGAGCUACUUUCAGGAACAUGGCAUGAGCACAUGCAGUAAGACACCUAAUGUGUUAUAGCUUGGCACUUGGUAUCUUUAAUACUUUCUUGGGUGCCACAAAUAAGUGACAUACAUCAUGAAAGAACAAGGGGAAGCUUGCAAUGUUGGUAUAUGUCACAUCAAUUACAUGUGCAUUCCUGGAUGUCUGGCUUACUUGUAAUAAUUCUCUUUCUUCCUUUUAAAGUGGGUGAUUAUGCAUGCAACAAGCCUCUUCCUCUCCUCCUCCUCUCCCCCCUUUUGGAUAGCAUACAGAAAGGGGUCAAUCACCAAAUGGCUGGAUUUCUAAGGUGGACAUGUAUGUGGAAACCAAGUAUAUAUUGGUAAGCACAUACAUUUUGCAUUUUCUGUUCAUGAAUAUAUCCUAUAUGGCUGGCAGGGUAUUAAAAGAUAAAUCCUUUGAUAUUUAAAAAAAUAAAGUAGUCUUAAUGUGAGGCUUCUGUGAUUGUAGAUCAACGUUUGUAUUACCUUCACAAAAUUAAAUACACAGCCAGAAACUGA